AUGGCACAGCCCCUGCCACCAUUGUCAGCAGGCGCUGUCCAGGCCAUAGCUGACGGCGCACAAGAUAUAAAGGCAGUCGUGCAGAUUAUCGGUGUCAAACCUGUGCCGAACAAAGGGGAUGGAAAGCAGCGCCAUCGAUUGGCUCUCAGCGAUGGCCAGCACUGGAUUACUGCCAUCCCGGCCACGCAGCUUGACGACCUCGUCACAAACCAAGUUGUUGUAGUGGGCUCAGUUAUUCGCCUGGAGGAAUAUCUCUUCAACAACGUCAACAACAGACAAGUCCUCAUCCUGCUCCAGCUUGACAACCUGGGCAUAAGCGACAAGAUGGCGGAUGCCACAGAAGUGGGCAAGGGCCAGAACUCAGGAGGCAACGCAGGUGGACCCGCACCCCUCCUUGGAGGUGCCGGCUCGGGCCCAUAUGCAGCCAUAAACGGUGAGGAUGCGCCGUUAUAUGAAGCUGAUAUGACUGCCUGUGCUGCAGGUGGGUACGGUGGAGGUGGUGGCGGCGGCGGUGGUGGCUACGGGCAGAAUGGGAACUACAAGGGCCACGGGCCAAUUGCGCGGAACGAGGCGCCGCCGCGCAUCGUGCCCAUCAGCAGCCUGAACUCGUACCAGAGCCAUUGGACCAUCAAGGCGCGCAUCACCAACAAGAGCGAGAUCCGCCGCUACAGCAACGCCCCUAAGUGUGCGUGGUGCAUGCAUGCAGGCAAGCUGUUCUCGUUCGAGCUGCUGGAUGCGCAGGGCGGCGAGAUCCGCGGCUGCGGCUUCAACCAGUGCGUGGACAAGUUCGAGCCCAUCAUGCAGCAGGGUGCUGUCAUCAUGAUGUCCAAGGCCUCCCUCAAGAACAAGAAACCCGGCUCGGCCUUCAACAACACCAGGCAUGACUACGAGAUCACCCUGGAGCCUAAUACAGUCAUCGAGGUCUGCGAGGAAGAUGAGCGGGCCAUCCCCAAGAUGCAAUAUCAUUUCAUCAAGGUCAAGGAGCUGAACGACAAGUUUGCCAAUGAGACAGUGGACAUUAUUGGCAUUGUCGACAAAGUGGACCCCUCAGCUGUCAUCCAGACCAGGGAAGGCAAAGAGCUCAUGAAGCGCAACAUCAGCAUCCGGGACGACUCUGGGGCGUCGGUGGAGAUCACCCUCUGGGGCACAUACUCCUCAGAGCCCGGUGACCAGCUGGAAGAGGUCUUCAACGGCGGGGUGCACUCGGUUCUGGCGCUGAAGAACGCCAAGAUUGGCGACUACAACGGCCGCACUCUGUCUACCGUGUCAACCACCACGCUCACUGUGGACCCCGAUGUGCCCGAAGCCGGCCACCUUCGCCACUGGUUUGACAGCGCGGGCGGCGCAGCGGCCCCGGUGAGUGCGCUGACAAGUGGCAGUGGCGCCAGCGUGGGUGGCGGCAAGGGCGACAGGCGGGUCACGCUGGCCACCAUCAAGGAGGAGGCCCUGGGCACCAACAGCACCAAUGCCUGGGUGCAGAUCGUGUGCACGAUAACGUUUGUGAAGUCGGACCCGAUCGCGUACCCGGCGUGCACGCUGCAGUACAACGGCAAGCAGUGCAACAAGAAGGUGACCGACAGCGGCGGCGGCGACGGCCCCAACCGCUGGUGGUGCGAGCGCUGCAGCGCUGCGUGCGAGGCCGAGUACCGCUACAUGCUUAACCUGAACAUCGAGGACCACUCCGGCAAGGAGUGGGUCACCGCCUUCCAGGAGGAGGGGAAGCAGAUCAUCGGCUACACGGCGAACGAGAUGCAGGAGCUGAAGGAGGCUGAGUCGCCGCUGUUUGAGGCGCGCCUGAACGACGUCAAGUGCCGCUCCUACCUCUUCAAGCUCAAGGUCAGCGAGGACACCUGGCAAGACGAGCAGCGCAUCCGCAUCAACGUCGUCAGGUGA